CCACAAACAGGGAUAUAUUCUUCUGACUGUUAAGUUUAUGUGGUCCCUCCUGAAUAUUACCAUUCUACGUAGUAUCUUUAUUGGCUUUAAGUGACACUCCGUUAUUUGGUAUCCAAGCGAAUGCAGAAGUAGGUAAACAGACAAGGAAAUAUCACUUCUUGGUAUAUGGACCACUGGGAACAAUAGUAAUAGUCUCAAAGCGGUCUAAUAGCUGUCAAACGUUGGUUUUAGCGAAUGUUUAGGGAGGAUGCGGCCAUAUGAGGCGACUCUGAUUAGGGGUAUGGUUUUAAAAGGUUAAUCAUUUCCACAUAAAAUAUUCAACUAGGCAAAGGUGUUUUAUGGCGUUUGUGGCUAGGACUCGGGUAACAUAAAGUUACAGGAGCGUUCAUGAAAGUAACGUUAUUUUAAAACUAUCAAGGAAAAGGAUGCUACUUGGACUGCGACGUAUAAUUACCACGAAUAGGGAAAGUUGCAUAUUAAAACCUUAAUGUACUGUGGGGUUACCUUAUAAAAGGACGGUGUAGUCCGCACCAACGCAUGAAAUCACUCAAGAUGAAAACAACAGGCAUUCAAGCGUUCAUUAUUUGUGUGACACUAGUCUUUAUUGUAGAAGGGCGCGAUGACCAGGACACCGUGGCCAAAAAGAUACUUGAUAAAAUAUCCAGUUUCCUAACCCCAAAGAAAGUAGUGGUGCCCCGUGGACCGGCAGGUCCCGGUGGCCCCUCUGUAAGAGGACCGGCAGGGCCAAGGGGAACAUCAAGGGGGGCAACAACUACCUACGUGACCCCCAAUCUGGAUUUCCUGUACGUUCUGGACAGCAGCGGUAGUAUUGGAUCUGAGCAUUUUGACAAGGCGAAGAAAGGGAUACAGGUACAAGUGGACGUAAUUGAUUUGAAGACGAAGACUACCCCAUCGGGAACCCACGUUGGACUGAUAGAAUUUUCAUCUCCGGCCAAAACUCAUGUGGAGUUCACUCUACGCCAAUAUAGUAGUGCAGCGGCCAUCAAAGCAGCAGUCGGGAAAAUCGACUACGACAAUGGCGGUUCCACAGCUACGGCUGAUGCACUGAGAUUGGCCAAGAAACAUUUUGAUCAAUAUGGAGUUAGGGAAAAUGUGAAAGUAGUGUGGGUCAUAACUGACGGGCAGUCAAACAGAGGCGGGAAUCCAAAAAUCCCAGCAGACGAGCUGAAGAAGAAUGGUAAGUGGUUAAUUCACUAUCAACACGCAGUAUGA